AUGGCGGCGCUAGCGGCAGCGGAUACUCCGGCGCCUCUGGGCCCGGCCGAGACGGCGGAGACGGCGGAACUGAGUCGUGCCCUGAGCCGCCUGCUGCCGGGGCUGGAAACCGACAGCAAGCUGGGCCGGCGGCGCGCUCUGGAGGCCCUGCAGCGCGAGUUGGAGGCGGUACAACCCGGGCCGUCCGACGCUGCAGGCGCCGCCGCCUUUCAGGGCCCCUGGACGCGCCUGCUGCUGCCUCGCCUGCUGCGCUGCCUGGCCGAUCCCGCUGAGGGCUGCCGUGCGCUGGCCACACACCUGCUGGACCUGGGCCUGCGGCGCGCUGCGCGACCCCAUGACGCCCUGCCACACCUGUUACCCGCGUUGGCUGCGCGCCUGGCCGGCUCAGAGGUUUCAAUGCGGCCUCCGGCCGAGCCGUGCGAGGAACUGCGCCUGGCGCUCGUGCAGCUGCUCAGGCUUGCCGUGAGCCUAGGCGGCACCGCGCUCGCCCCCUACCUCGACGAUGCGGUGCGCGUGCUUCGCUGCACGCUGCUUGACCCCUUCGCUGCCGUGCGCCGUGAAAGCUGCGCGUGCGCCACUGCUCUGGCGCGUGCCACUCCAGACCACUUCCACAUGCAGUCCGAGUCCUUGGUGGGCCCACUGAUGCAGACCAUCGCCCACCAACACUGGAAGGUCCGUGUGGCCGUCAUUGAAGCCACUGGCACCGUCAUCCAGUUUGGCAGCGGGAAGUCUGUGGACGACGUGCUCUCUCACCUUGCUCAGCGACUGUUUGAUGACGUCGCACAGGUGCGGCAGGCGGUGACGACCGUGGUGGGAUCCUGGCUGCUGGAGCUGCGAGACCGCUACUCUUUCUUCCACAAGCUCAUCCCGCUGUUGCUGAGCAGCCUGGAUGAUGAGCUCCCUGAGAUCAGGCAGUCAGCAGCUGGCCUCUGGGAGCAGAUCGGCCAGCAGUGGCAGAAGGAGAAUGAAGAUGACCUAAAGGACAAGCUGGACUUCGCCACCCUGCCACCCCCCCACUACCCGCUGCAAGAGAACCGCCCAGGGCUGGGCUGCCGGGAGCUCGUCUUCAGGAACCUCUCCAAAAUCCUGCCAGGCCUCUGCCAGGAUCUGACUGACUGGGUGGUGGGCACCCGGGUCAAAGCUGCCCAGCUGCUCGCCGUGCUGUUGCUGCACGCGGAGGACCACACCACACAGCACCUGGAGCUGGUCCUCCGGGCCCUUCAGCACGCCUGUGCCGACGAGGAGGCCGCCGUGGUCAGCAGCUGCACAAAGUCGGCAGAGCUCAUCGGAACCUUUGUCAGCCCAGAAGUGUUUCUGAAGUUUACCUUAUCGCCAUUGAGGAAGUCACCCUCAGCCUCCAGCCUGCGGGUCCUGGCCGCGGUCCUCCGGGGCUGCCCACGAGAAGCCCUGCAGCCCCACCUCAGUGCCGUUGCUAUGGAGCUGGCCAAGGCCCACAUCUGCCAGGCAUCUGAGAAUAAGCUGUACCUGGAACACCUGCUACUCUGUGUGCAGGCCCUGAUGGCUGGGGGCCAGGAGGACUGCUCCACAUGCAGCCUGCCCCUCCUGCAAGUGCUGCUGGCCAUCCUGGCCAUCUCAGGCACCGCAGACCUGGACAGGAAGGUGCACGAGACAGUGGGCUCGCUGGCCGAGUUGGAGGGCUCCGAUGGGCCCCAGGAUAUCUACCGGAAGCACAUGGCUGCAUUGAUGGAGUGGGUGAUGGCCUCACAUGGCAACUGGACUGUGUACUCCCCGGAGCUCGCGCAGUUUUGCGUGCUCGUCUCUCAGACAGGCCCUGCAGUGGGAGAGGCUCUUCACUACGUGAUCCCCACCCUCAGGACCUGCCUGCAGCCCACCAGGGACCCCCAGAUGCGCCUGAAACUUCUCUCCCUCCUCUCCAAAGUGCUGCUCAGAGCCCAGGAGACGGUGGACUCACAAGGGCAGCUCCACGCCUACCUUGAGACGCUGGUAACAGACAUCCUGAUCCCCAACCUACAGUGGCAUGCCGGGAGGACCGCUGCAGCUAUCCGCACAGCCGCUGUAGCCGCCCUCUGGGCACUCGUCAGCUCUGGGACCCUGUCAGCUGAGCAGAUCCUGGAAGUGCAGGGGGCUCUGAUGCCACAGAUGGUGACCACCCUCGAAGAGGACUCACAGAUGACCCGGAUGCUCUCAUGCCGCAUCAUCAACCUGUUCCUGCAAACCGCUGGGAACAGGAGCGAACCAGAAAAGCUGGUCAAGAUCUACCCCGAACUCUUAAAACGCCUGGACGACGUUUCCAACGAAGUGAGGAUUGCAGCUGCAGGUACCUUGACUACCUGGCUGAAGUGUGUCCGCAACGAUGACAGCAAGUCCUCCUACCAGAGUACCAUCCAGUACCUGUACAAGGAGCUGCUCGUGUACCUUGAUGACCCGGAGCCCGCCAUCCAGGACGUGGUCUUAGAGGUACUUAAGGAGGGCAGUGUCCUGUUCCCUGAGAUCCUGGUACAGGAAACUGAGGCUGUCCUUCACAAGCACCGCUCCCCGGCCCACUGCGAGCAGCUCCUGAAGCACUUGCAGGCCCUGGUGGUCGCGCACUGA